CACAGCGCGAAGCUACAAGGCUCUCCGCUGCGCCGCCGCCGCUAGCCGGCCACACGACUGGCCGAGGUCGUUUGAGCGACCACAAACAGCUCCGUGCCGCGCUUGGGCAGCCCGCGCAAGCGCCCUGAUCGAACUGAGCCUCCUUGCCGGCCAGGCCUCGCACACGCCGUCGACGCGCCGCGAGGCACCACCGAGACUGGCCACCGCGCCGCGAAUAAAAUGGACUACUGCUUCAGCCCCCCGACGUUCCUCUCGACGGGCGACAAGUGGCGCCAGCCGCCGCACCUCCCCGCGAAGUGGCGGGACAAGAGCCGGAACUUCGUGACCUGCUCGUCCAAGAAGGGCAAGACCGCGGCGAAUUUUGGGGAUGGUCCCUGUGAUUAUAGAGGCGCCUAUGGGGGCGAGCCGUAUGUGGAGUACGACAAGAUGAUGGGCAAGGUGCGCAAGGCCUCGAAACAGAAGUUUCGGACGCCCGAGGGUUUUCGGUAUGCGUCGCAGCGGCCCGAGGCCUUCGGGAAGGGUAUCGAGUACAAGCCCGAGGGCGGCUACGACCCGGUCAAGCGGCGGGACACGAUCGCGCCGCGCAACGUGGGCACGGCCAAGGGUCGCUCCCGCAACGAGACGAUCACCGGCCAGCCCAUGGUGACCUACUCCACGGAUCCCUUCGAGGCCACGGACAUCCAACUCAAGAAGGAGCAGGACCACCACAAGGAGCUGUGCGCCAAGAUCGGCUCGGCGCGGCCCUACUCCUCCGCGACGUGCGCGAAUCGGGCCUUCGGGAAGGUGGAGAACGAGCCCGAGACCGACAAGCCGUUGUACGCGAAGGACAACACGCGGCCCUGGACGCGGAGCGGGCCGUUCCGACGGGCGGUCAAGGGCGGCGAGAUGUUCUGCCCCGUGCCCGACCUCUUGCCGGAGCCCUACGACGACGUCGCGCGGCGGCGGGCGGCCCUGCCCCUGCGGCGGCAGCCCGUCGCCAUCAAGACGCGGCACCUGCCGCCGUCCCUCAAGGAGCGGCCGCCCUUCCGGUCAACGCACGCGAAGCCCAAGGCGGGCCCGACGCGCGUGCUGUCUAUCGCCGGGGCCAAGGGGCGCGUCUAACUUUUAAAACUUUGGACGUCUUGGAGUGCGUGGGAUCUGUUACGGUCCUACGAGUGGCGCCGGGCCUGGCGCGACGGUGGGGGCCUUGUAUUAUCCAG